GAAGGCCUAUUGCGCGCUCUCGUUACCCAUGUCGCCAUUUUGAUUCGAAAAAUAUGACUGAGUUUUUCCUGCCGUGCAUGCUAAAGUUAGCCUUGCAUUUGAAUUACUUUGUGCGUGAGUACGAACCACACUCUAUAUAUCUGGAAUAACAGGUAUUACUUUUAGUGUCAAGCAGCUGUCGACGCCGGGGAACUCUUCAUUUGAUAGACUUAAAAGCAACAUUUAGGUGACGUUAGCUAAGUUCAGCUAGCUAACCGUAACCAGUGUUGUCGCAGACUGACCCCUUCUUCAAAACAAAUCACUAUUCGCACACAGGCUAAUGUGUGUUAGCUAACACUGAUAGCUAGGUAGCUAGUGACCUAAUAGCUGGUUGCUUGACGCAAAACUCUACCAACAAUUCAUCACAAACAGGAGAAACGGCAGCGGAUUUCAAAUCAAAGGUUAUGGUGAGUCUCACAGUGUCUCAUCUCCUAAAGAGGCCUGCAUUUUAAGAGGAGACCCAUGCUGAUAAAUGCCAGGCCUCGCCACACUCUCUGUCGUCUGCACAAACACAAAUGCCUGCCUGCCCGUGGGGGAGGUCUGAUUAAAGAUAUCCACAUUUCAUCCACUGGGCUGUGUCCACCAUCCCAGCGGCAACCAUGUUUUGGAAGUUUGACCUUCACACCACCUCCCACAUUGACCAGCUCCUGGACAGGGAGGACGUGACACUGAGAGAAUUGAUGGAGGAGGAUGAUGUCCUGCAGGAGUGCAAGGCCCAAAACCGCAGAUUGCUCCUCUUCCUCUCCCAGGACCACUGCAUGCAGGAGCUGGUCAGCCUCAUCACCACAGAGCCUCCUGCUGACCUGGAGGAGAGGAGCCGCUUCAAAUUUCCCAACAUUGCUUGUGAGCUCCUGACAUCAGAUGUGUCCAUUAUUAACGAUAAGCUUGGUGGGAACGAUUCUCUCCUCGAGAUGCUCUACCACUUCUUGGAACAGGACCCUCCUCUCAACCCAUUACUGGCCAGCUUCUUCAGCAAAACUAUUGGCAAUCUCAUUGCGAGGAAAACCGAACAGGUGAUUACCUUUCUAAAGAACAAGGAAGGAUUCAUUGGUCUGGUGCUGAAACAUAUUGAUGCAUCUGCCAUGAUGGACCUACUGCUUCGCCUCAUCAGUUGUGUGGAGCCUGCUCCGUUAAGGCAGGAGGUCCUUCAUUGGCUGAAUGAGGAGAAUUUGGUACAGAGACUCACAGAGCUCAUUUAUACUGGUAAAGAUGAGGAGAGACAAUCAAAUGCAUCACAAACACUUUGUGACAUCAUCCGCCUUAGUCGAGACCAGGCCAAUCAGAUGCAAGAAAACAUGGAGGCUGACCCACUAUUGGCUGUACUAGAGUCGCAGGAGAGCGUAGCCGGGCUCCUCAAGAGCUUAUUUGAGGGCGAGAGGAGAGAGGCCUCCAUUGUUAACGGAACUCAAGUGCUUCUUACCUUACUGGAGACCAGGAGGUCUGGGAUCGAAGGGCUGAUGGAUCUGUAUUCUCAGGGUUACGAAAGGUCUUACACUGUCAACAGCAGUAUUAUAAAUGCCAUUGAGCCCUAUUUAAAGGACUUCCAGCAGCUUCUUCUGGAUCCCCCCAAGAAAAGUGCAAUAUUGACGACCGUUGGCGUUCUAGAGCAGCCACUGGGGAACGCCCGCCUUCACGUGGCCAGGCUGGUGGCCGCCCUACUGCAGACCAAUGCCCUCAGCAUCUGCCAGGAGCUCUGCAAUCUUGCCACCAUGGACCUACUACUGGAUUUGUUCUUCAAAUACUCCUGGAAUAAUUUUUUGCACUUCCAAGUGGAGCUGUGUGUGGCAGCUAUCCUGAACCACCCAUCCUCUGAGGAGCGGCCCAGUCCAGGCCUCCAGAACCACGAUGGGAGGUCUGCAACGUCCAACCCAGAGGUGCAGGGGGAGGAUGUGGAAACAGGCAGGACCGUUGACCCACAGACCUCCAUCCACAAUGCCCUCGUGGCACAUCUCUUUCAGAAGUGUCGAUUGGUACAGAGGAUCCUUGAUGCCUGGGAAGAGAAUGAUAGAAUACAGUCUGAGGGAGGCACCAGGAGAGGCAACAUGGGUCAUCUGACUAGAAUUGCCAACAUGGUGGUCCAGAACCUAGAGAAAGGACCGGUACAGACCCAGAUAUCUGACCUCAUAACAGAGCUGCCAGAAGACUGCAGAGGUCGCUGGGAAAGCUUUGUGGACGAGACCCUGAGAGAGACUAACAGGAGGAACACCGUAGAGCUGGUAAGCACCCACAACAUGCACUCAUCCAGUGAGGACGAUGACAUGGAGAGCCCCUUCCCCAACGACCUGUCUCUCCAGCAGGCCUUUUCCGACUAUCAGAUCCAACAGAUGACUGCCAACUUUGUGGAUCAGUUUGGCUUUAAUGAUGAGGAGUUCAGUGAGCAUGAUGAAAAUAUCAAUGCCACAUUUGACAGAAUCGCUGAAAUAAACUUCAAUCUAGAUGCUGAUGAUAACAGUGCCAACGCAGCUGCAUUUGAAGCCUGCUGUAAAGAAAGGAUACGCCAGUUUGAUGAUGCUGAUGAGGAAGAGGACAUUUGGGAGGAGAAAGAGAUCAACUAUGCAACACAAGCUAAAUCUAGAACAAGGUUUGGGGUCUCCCAAACCUCAGAGGGAAGCUCAAGGAGUAGCAUGGAGAAUGGAGGCAGGGAGCAGGACCGCGGCUCUGAAUCUGACGAGGAUGAAGACUCGGAGCAAAACACAUCAGAUACAAGUCCAGGCUGGUCAUCAAAUUUCAGGGAAUCUGGAGGGACUGCAACUACCCAGGUCCCAUCAACAUGGGACAACUCAGCGGGAAGAGGAGCAGAGACACAGGAAGCAGGGUGGGCCAACUUCACUGAGUUCCAGCCUUUCUCCCGUUCAGAUAAUAAUCCCAGGUGCAGCUCUCCUGUGGACAUGGACAGCGGGGAAACCAAUAAACAAGCCAAACAAAACCAUGACAAGAGUGCAGACGUCGCGUCUCCAGCAGGAGAAGGGAGGAAGGCUCCCACCAUGGCCUCAGACGGCAGCUCCUCCGGGGGAUCUGACAGCGAGGAGGAUGACAAAAACACUGGUGCUCCUCCUACUGCAGCCAUCACCAUGGAAACAGCUGGCAGCAAGACAGCUGACCUCAAAAGUGAGGAGACUGCAGUGUCUCUGGAGAAACUCUCUCUGUCAGAUCCUGUGAAAGCAUCAGAGCAGCAGCAGCAGCAGCCCGCUGAGGACUCACCUGUAAACACACAGACUGACAGGAAAGAGGACUCGCCAUCUCCACAGGAAGCGUCAGUGAACGGACCGGUGUGAGCGCCACCCUGUGGCCAAACAGCACCAGUGGACUGGUGCCCGCGGACUGUCGGCCUCCUCCAGAGUGACCUCACUGCAACUCUGGUGUUUUUACUGAAUCACUCUGCCAUGUUAUUGGACCUGGACACUGCCAAUCAACACCAAUAAUGAGGCGGCGGGACAUGUAAAAAAACAACAACAUAUAUGUAUGAAUAAUAAGAAAACAAAAGCAACAGACAGGACGGAGUGUAGAGGAAUCAUCUUCAAAGCCUUUUUUCCCCCGAUGUUGCACAUAAUUCCGUGCGUUUUUAAAUGUAGCAGCGCUCUGUGAAUCGACAGAAUCCGAGGGGUCGAAAUGUCAUCAUUCUUAUUUUUUUAAUCUACUUGUUCCAAAGUGUCAGAAGCGUACUGUUAGGGAUUUUACACACUCGCCCCUGAAUGGAUAGCACAGGCUAAAACCAUGAAUCGACAAUAAUUUGUUUUCUUUUUCUCUUCAAGCUUAAGAAAAAGCACUUAUGCAGCUAUUUUACUGUACAUGAUAGCACAACGUUAAGUGUUGAAGCCUCUGGAUCUCUGCCGGCUGUUCUCUGUCCUCUCACACAUUUUCUGUUUCUUUGCUGAAAACAUGUCGUCAAACAUCACCAGGUUUCUGAAUGAUUUUUUUCCCCCACAGCUUCAGGAGGAGGAGGAGGCGGGUCAAUGAACAGAGUUCUAAUAGUAUUACUGUCUUUUUGCUCAUGUGCAAUAAUGUCAAUUAGCCAUUUUAUUUAAAAAAAAUGAAAUUAAGCCGUUGUUUUUUUUGUUUUUUUUAAAGAAUCAAUCUAUAGUAUUGGACUCAUUUGGUGUGGUUUGGAGCAAACAUUUGGAUUUAAUCUCAAUUUGAGGUUUUUCAGAUUUUUUUUCUCUUUAUUUCUUUGUAGUGCAUGUAUAACUGGUUCUCUGUUGACCUAGCUAGUGAGCUAAGACCUUCUGAUUGUAUUGACCUUUACGUUCUUAUUACUCUCCCCUUAAAAUCAACCAAACAUUAUCUACCUAUAUACAAAUAUUAUCUACAUUUAAAGUAAUUUUACAAGCAAUCUUGAGAUUACUAUUGUCUGUUCCUUUCUCUUUCUCUCUCCACCAUGCACUUAAUCACAGAAUGAGAGCGGCAUCUGGUCAGAGUGAUGCUGUAUGUUUUUGUUUUCUUUUCUUUUUUAAAGUUUAAUUUGAUGUCUCUGAGCAGCAGCAGGAUUGGAACAAGGGCAGGUCUGCAGGGUUCUGUGAAGCUCCAGGCCGCUUCUUUUUUUUUUUGGUGUAUUUACUUCAACAGCGAUCAGGUUCUACGAUCAUUGCUAAAAAAACAAAACAAAUUGAAAUUAAAAGUGUCUGGUUGACCACAUUAAUACCAAAGGUGUGGCCUGA